AUGGAGAGCGGCACAACGAGCGAGCAGUCCAUGACGGGCCGCACCAUGGUCCCCACCAUCCCGUCCAUCAUGUUCGUAUUCGGCGUGGUAGGCAACGUCAUCGCCAUCGCGGUGCUGUGCAGGUCUCGCAAAGAGCAGAAGGAGACCACCUUCUACACGCUGGUGUGCGGUCUGGCCGUCACCGACCUCCUUGGCACCCUGCUGGCCAGCCCGGUCACCAUCGCCACCUACAUGAAGGGCGCCUGGCCCGGCGGUGAGCCCUUAUGUCAGUACUUCGGCUUCACCUUGAUCUUUUUCUCCCUGGCCGGGCUCAGCAUCAUCUGCGCCAUGUCCGUGGAGAGGUACAUUGCCAUCAACCACGCGUACUUCUACAACGAUUACGUGGACCAGAAGCUGGCCGGCGUGACUCUAGUGGCCAUCUACGUGUCCAACGCGCUCUUUUGCGCGCUGCCCGUGGUGGGCUUCGGCCGCGUUCAGAAGCAGUACCCGCAUACCUGGUGCUUCCUGGAGUGGCGGAGCAACGCGAAGAGCGAAGCGGCGUACAACUUUAUGUAUGCGGGAUUCAGCUCGGUGCUGAUUCUGGCCACCGUGCUAUGCAACGUGCUGGUGUGCGGAGCUCUCAUCCGCAUGCACCGGCGAUACAUGCGUCGGACGUCGCUGGGCACCGACUUGGCCCGCGGAAACGUGGACUCGCGCAAGAGGGGACGCAGUUUCGGGCGUCUUGCCGGUGCCGAAAUCCAGAUGGUCAUACUGCUCAUCGGCACGUCGGCGGUGGUGCUCAUCUGCUCCAUUCCACUCGUUGCUCAGGUGUUUCUGAACCAAUUGUAUAAGACGCCUGUGGAACUACGCUUGGACAAAAACCCUGACCUGACGGCCAUUCGCUUCGCCUCUUUCAACCCAAUUCUCGAUCCGUGGAUCUACAUCCUGCUACGCAAGGCUGUUUUCCGCCAGCUGGUGGAGAACAUCAAGUGCCUCGUCUGCAAGAUGGGCAUCAGAGGCCAGAAGAAGCGCGAUAACAGGAGCCUCCGCAGCUUGGACGCCGCGCCCCAUCCGCCCUCCUCGGUCGUAUCCAAGCAGGACUCACACUCACCGGUGUCUGGGGACAGCUCCCAUACAUUCUUGUACCUCCCCCAGGGAAGGGAGGCGCCCAGCAAGUGUUGCUGUCACUAUCACAAAACUGAGAGUCUUUCAUGGGCUUCGUCAUGCGAACACGGCAAUGUGGACCCAAGGACGGUGGGGGGCAAUGUGCCCCAGGCUUCCCCAGCUAAAGACCCUGGGUUACAUGUGUCACUCAGCACGAUAAACACAGAGGAAAAAUGCAUUUGA